AGAAAUGGUAUAUUAUACAUGUAUAUUUAAGAAUUACAGAAUAAGUUAAUAUAUUGGGAAAAAAAACGCACUGUACAGGGUUAACGAGAGCUAUAUUUAAACUGACACAUAAAGAAGUAUAGUGGAAAGAUUAGUGAUGUCGGAUCUUAAAAGAAAAGUUUCGCUGUUUAUGUUAAAAUAUCUUCUUCCAUUGCCGGUUGUAAGGAGAUCGUACAAACUGAGGUUAUACACGGAACUUACACAGAUCAAGUACAAGCAGGAUAAACCUAUGCCGCCAGAAGUGAGCGACGUGCAGUUUAUCGGCAGCCAGUACGAGGGCUUAUCUGUGACUGUCACAUCGGUGGAUGGCGGUGAUGCAAUUUACGCUAUGUCGGAUUAUGACACUAUGCCGAUUUUGAAACACUACCAAGCAAGGGAUCGGGAUCUAGCAGAUGAAGAUUUUAAAGCAGACGAGAAUAAAGAAGUACAUUUCUUGGAAAUCUACGACGCAAGUCAUCCAGGUUACUGCAGACUUAAAUCGACAAUAACUGGCAAAUUUGUUGGAAUGCGUUUUAAUGAAGAUUGUUCAGGGGAUGUAAACAUAUAUCAUGAUGGAGUAAAGAUAGCAAAAAUGAACGUUCCUUAUACAGAAGUAAUUCCUGGUUUCUUUGAAAAGCCAGAUACUAUUGAAAUAAAAAAGUAUGUGCACGGUCCAGCGAUAUCAUGCACAAAGAUUCAGGUACAUCCGGGUAAUAUAACCCGCACUGGACAAGAGGUUGAUGUAGUCCUGUCUAUCAAAUGUCAGUCAUGGCCGCUUGUUGCAGCCGAAUGGAUCAAACGACUAGAAUCGAAGACGAGUGAUUGGCCAAACCGCGAAACAAUAGAAAAGGUGAAAUCAACCGGAUGUUUCGUUGUUGCUGUACCCCACACACUUAGUCCAAAUCCAAAUGAAGAAUGGCGUUAUUCUUUCGCACCAGUUGAGAAAAUACUCGCUCGGAGCUUUACAUUUGCACAGAGAGGAAGUUAUAUCAUUGCUAAAAUGUUGUUCAAAACAGCUUUACAAAACAUCGAUAAAGUGUCAUCGUACUGUUUAAAAACGCAGAUGUUCUGGUUGUGCGAAGAAGAAUCUUCAUCUGCUUGGUCAUAUGAUCAAGUGGGUUAUUACGCUCUUGAAGUCCUGUCAAAAUUAGCUGAGAACUUGAAGAUUGGAGUCCUUCGUAAUUAUAUAAUUCCAGAAAACAACAUAAUUAGCCACAUACCUGCAUCAACUCUACAGGAAGCAUCGAAAACUUUGUUAGAACUCGUCUGCAACCCGUUCCCGGUCUUGGAGAAAAUCAGACGAACUACCAAAUAUUUCGGAAUCAUACUACAUCCGCCGGAAGAAAGUUUUCUGCCACUCUCGGAAUUGCUGGAACAACAAAUUGCAGACGAUAGCGGAAUUAAGCGUCGUUUUCAUGCUUCAAAAUUGGCAAUUAUGGAACACUAUUGUUCCAUGUUAAAGAAGCCAAUCGUGAACAUAGUUCAAGAAGAAUUCUCAAAACUGAAAUUUGCUCUUUUAAUGGACAUUGCUGAAGACACUGGGAAUGAUUCAGACUCUGCAGAAACAGUUGACGAUAUGAUAGCUAGAAUAGCCAAUGAGCUAUCGAAUUACUCAGAGGAAAAUGUUAAAAGGUGGUAUGCGUAUGUAGAAGAGUACUGGAAAUCAGUGGACAACAUAAAGUCGGAAAAUGUUGAACAGAUGUUAACUAACACUUAUGAUGGAAUACUUAAAGUAGAAGCCUUUUAAAAUACUACAUGGUAUACGAAAAUACAUGAACUAUUGACAUCAUUGUUUUUAGCGUAUAUAUAAAUAAGAAACUUUGUUUUGUUAUCUUUCCAUACACAGAAAAGGCACUGUAACAAGGAGAAUAGAAUAAUUGCAAAGUCUACUUAU